CUGACGGAGUUUUGGCGGCGGCGGCCGGAGCGGCCAUGGACGCGCUCAAGUCCGCGGGGCGGGCGCUGAUCCGGAGCCCCAGCCUCGCCAAGCAGAGCUGGGGGGGCGGCGGCCGGCAUCGGAGGCAGGCUGGAGCCAUGGAACCACCCAGGUUUGAAUUCUGUUCUGACUCCAGCCCUUUACUCACUGCACGUGGACUUUGUCUGAUGACUUUGCCUCUCUGAACCUCAGUUUCCUAAUCUGUAAGAGCUGCCAGAGAACUGGACGGACACUCGGGAGACACUGCUCGAGGGGAUGCUCUUCAGCCUCAAGUACCUGGGCAUGACGCUGGUGGAGCAGCCCAAGGGCGAGGAGCUGUCGGCUGCUGCCGUCAAGAGGAUUGUGGCCACGGCAAAGGCCAGCGGGAAGAAGCUGCAGAAAGUGACUCUCAAGGUGUCACCACGGGGGAUUAUCCUGACCGACAACAUCACCAACCAGCUCAUUGAGAACGUGUCCAUUUACAGGAUCUCCUACUGCACAGCAGACAAGAUGCACGACAAAGUGUUUGCGUACAUCGCACAGAGCCAGCACAACGAGAAUCUCGAGUGCCAUGCCUUCCUCUGCACCAAGCGGAAAAUGGCCCAGGCUGUCACCCUCACAGUAGCCCAGGCCUUCAAAGUUGCCUUUGAGUUUUGGCAGGUGUCCAAGGAAGAGAAGGAGAAGAGGGAGAAAGCCAGCCAAGAAGGAGGGGACGUCCUGGGUGGGGGCCUCCGUGACAACACCCCAUCGUUGAAGAGCUUGGUUGCCACUGGGAACCUGCUGGACUUGGAAGAGACGGCCAAGGCCCCGCUGUCCACAGUCAGCGCUAAUACCACUAACAUGGAUGAGGCACCGAGGCCUCAAGCCUUGAACAAUAGCAGCGUUGUCUGGGAGCUGGAUGACGGCCUGGAUGAAGCAUUUUCAAGGCUUGCCCAGUCUCGGACGAACCCUCAGGUCCUGGACACUGGAUUGACAGCACAGGACAUCCAUUACGCCCAGUGCCUCUCACCUGUCGACUGGGACAAGCCUGACAGCAGCGGCGCCGAGCAGGAUGACCUCUUCAGCUUCUGAGGUCCCCGGGGCUGGCGGGACACGUGACAGACCAAAGCCUCUUGUGGCGGGGGGCGGGGGGGGGCCAGCUCCAGGGCCCCCAACCACCCUCUUCCGGUUGGCAGCACCGUUGGCCUGCAAAUCAAAGCCGCGUCCGGUCAAGCAGGGGGAAAGGAGAAGUUGGUGUGUUUUUUUUGCCACACUCUUAUCCUAAGAACUGAAGGAUGCCUUGAAUAUUUAUUCAGCGACUCCUGGUUCACCUCGGAAGCCAGUUUUGCAUCAGGCACAAGUGCAGUGUUUUAACCAGCUUUUUGCCCUGUCCUGAGAAAGCUCUGCUCUGCUGUGGGUAUCAGGACGGUGACCAAAGCAUUUCUUGUCCCUUCUCUUUUUCUAAGGACCCAAAUUUCCCUGGAGGCGUCCCCACACCUUACAGAAAACUGUCAUUUUUGAGCACAGGAGGGCCCUGUGGCUUCAGGGGAGCCCCGAGUCUUGUGCCGGGGCCCCAGCAGGUGUGGGCCUGAGCCCCUGGCCCUCCCCGGGCUCUGAGAGACAGAGGGGCAGCCCCUGACCAAAGACAACGCGUAGCUGGCACUUUAAAGCACACACGGCAGGUGUGGCCCCCGGGGGCUCCUCGAUGGUGCUGUUGGCAUAGAGCUUUCUGUCUGGCUGCCCGUAGGUUCCCAGGGUCUGACUGCAACAGUGGAAAUCAUCUCUGUGUGACUGCCCUGUCGGCGUCCCCCGCCCCGCCUCUCCCCCCGUCGAUGAGCAUGUGCCCACUCUCCUGUUUCGUCUGCGCGGGUGUCUCUGAGCCCCGAGUCCCCAUGCUCCCUGGGACAAUGCGUGGAGCCCAACACCUAGACUUGGUCAGGACUAUCUGGUCGCCGUUUUACAGGCAAGGAAAUGGGCCCCAAACGUGGAAGGGGUGGGGCGCACACUAGAACCAGAUCCCAUGCCAAAGUUGCCUUCUCACCCUCCCUUCUCCCAGCUUGCACCUCCUUUCUGGUUUUGUUGUCCUCCCAGGAACCAAAAACCCCAGCUAUUUUCUGACCAAAAUGUGUUUCAUAACAAACCAUCUGGUGCCUUUCCACACAGAACUGGCUUGAGCCUCCGUGCCCUGCUAGCUGUCUGGCUGCCGACUUCCGUGCAAAUGGAAGUACUGAUGCUAAUUUGGAGGGUGAAACAAAACCAAACUCUGGAAGCGUCACCCUCUUCCUGACUCUCACCCCUGGGUCGGGACAUGUCAGCAGCAGUCUGUCCUCAGUCUCCCUUCCUCCCCCCUCCCCCCCCACCACGUCACCCCUCGGGGCGCCCAUCAGAGCUGCCAGAGUCUUCUCCACCCAGAGGUGCCUCCCAGGCCUGGCUUUGCUAAGCUCAAGUCACUGAUCACAGUUCGAGCAGGUUUCACCAGCCCAGGAGACACACACACACCAUUUCUCAGAAUCUGCUUGUCCAAGCACUUGAAUCAGCACAAAGACAGAAGGGCCUGGGCAAGGAGUGGGGUGGCACUUGUCGAGUCUAUCAGAAUAUGGGGUCGUUUCUUUCCCUGCCCAGCUCUUGCACCUCGCUGCCCACCCCAGACCUCCUUGGUAUUGGCCCCUGGAUUUGUUACGCGGCAGCACGUGUUGGGCCUGAAAGCUGUCCCUGGCAGGAGGAUCUGGGAGCCCCAAGAAAGGCCAUGCUUGAGAGUGUGUGUGUGUGUGUGUGUGUGUGUGUGUGUGUGUGAGAGAGAGAGAGAGAGAGAGAGAGAGAGAGAGAGAGUGAGAGAGACUUGACCUUCACAGUGGUCUUUGGCUGAUAAGCCUUUGGGUAUGCUCCAGUGUGUCUGCAGAUAAGUCUUAUGCUUUACUUUGUGUUGCUGUUAAAGUUGUUCUAAUGAGGAAAAGAAUAAGUAAUAAAGGUUCUCUUUUUGAAAUACAAA